UGCAUAGCAUUAGCACGACCUACCUAACCCACCUAUCCCUCAUUUUCAAUUACUCUAAAUUAUGGGUGGAGAUGCAACCGUAUUCCAUAUCCUUUCUUCGUCUUUCAUUCCUCUCUCUCUAGUUUUACUUUUGUGCAAUGGAAUCAACAGAUGACCAAUCCUCAUGGCAAAGACCUUCCAGUUUCCUUGGGAAGCACCGGAUGGAAGUUGUUAUAUCCCAUCUUCAUAACAGAAUGAACCUUAUUAAGGAAGAGCUGGACGAGCUUGAGACAAUAGGUGGAUCAUCCAUUGUAUGCAAUGAACUCAUAUCAAGUGUUGAAUCAGUUGCUGAUCCACUUCUUCCAGUUACUAUAGGUCCAGCAGAAGUUUCCUGGGAUCGGUGGUUCAGAGGAGCCCGUAACUCUCGAAACCACAAGCGGUGGAUCUAGAUGUCAUGUUUCAAUUUUCAAUACCAUUUACGCUUACAUCAACUUAGGACCAAAGAAAACAAUCCUUGUUUUAUGCAUUUUUUUUCUUAA